GACAGGCCCAAGGACGGCGCCUAUGCGGUCUCUCCUCCCCCUCGAAUCUCUGCCGUCCAUGUAUUCGACGUGAGAUCCGACGGCACUGAAUUCUCUUCCUCUCUUUCUCUCUUCACAUUCCUCGAUUCCUCUCUCUAGUUUUCAAAGGAAAAAAGAUGAGGAGGUUUCAGAAGAGGCGACGGACAUUGGACAGCGGAAUCGAAGUGAUACGGCAGCGUGAAGUCGGCGAUCUCACUGCGAGGACCUUCGUCCAUCGCGUCGGAGCAUCUGAGGAUCUUGUUCUGCGAUUUGGUAUCCAUAAGAAGCUGGACAAACAUAGAGGCUGUGUGAACACAGUGAGCUUCAAUGCAGACGGUGACAUUCUCACGUCGGGCUCCGACGAUAGAAUGAUAAUGCUAUGGAACUGGGAGGCAGGGCUUGUUAAAUUGUCAUUCUACUCUGGGCACACGAACAAUGUUCUUCAAGCAAAGAUGAUGCCUUUCACAGAUGAUCAGAGGAUCGUCACCUGUGCUGCAGAUGGCCAGGUGAGACUUGCUCAGCUACUAGAAGGCGGAUCUGUUGACACGGUAAAUCUGGGCAAGCAUGAAGGUCGUGUUCAUAAGUUGGCUAUUGAGCCUGGAAGUCCUUACACAUUUUAUAGCUGUGGUGAAGAUGGGCUGGUACAGCAUUUUGAUCUGCGAACACAAACAGCUACAGGGCUCUUCACUUGCCGUUCUUUUGUCGAUAAAUCACGUCUCAUGCCAAUCAUCCUUCUAAAUGCAAUAGCAAUAGACCCGAGGAACCCAAAUCUCUUUGCAAUUGCUGGAUCAGAUGAAUACGCUCGUGUUUACGAUAUCCGCAAGUAUAAGCGGGAUGGAUCGACCGAUUACGGUCAUCCUACAGACUGCUUCUGUCCCUCACAUCUGAUUGGCUAUGCCUAUGAACGAGCCGGAAUCACAGGACUGGCCUUUUCAGAUCAGAGCGAGCUGCUAGUUUCCUAUAACAAUGAGCAAAUUUAUCUUUUCUCAAAGGACUUAGGAAUAGGACCUGAUCCGGUUUUGGCAUCUUGGUCAUCCAAGGGAUCCGAUGCUGGAACAGGACCUGAUCCAGUUUCAUCAUCUCCAUCCAAUAUGGAUGCUGAUGCUAGACAAGGACCCCAAGUUUACAAGGGGCAUCUGAACUUGGAGACUGUGAAGGGUGUGAGCUUCUUUGGUCCGAAUUGUGAGUAUGUGGUCAGUGGAUCAGAUUGUGGUCGGAUCUUCAUUUGGAGAAAGAGAGGUGGGGACCUCUUGCGCGUUAUGGAAGCCGACAAGCAUGUGGUGAACUGUAUUGAACCUCACCCACAUGUCCCCAUGCUAGCGAGCAGCGGCAUUGAGAAUGACAUCAAGAUAUGGACCCCGAAAGCAACAGAGCGGGCCUCACUGCCUGUAAACCUGGAAGAGGUGAUGGAAAAUGCUUGUGGUCUGUUUCCAGAUGAAAUACAAGAGAAGAAAAUUAUUGUGCCACUUUUUGUCUCUCCAAGACGUGGUGAUGCACAUCCUCCCAUUGCUCAGGCAACAUUUGGCCGAUGGUGGCAGCAGAGACUGGUUGCAGAAUGCAGCAUUAAUGGAGUAUUUAAUGAGUUUUACCGAUGGUGACGAUACCUGGGAUGACAAUGCAGAUCCCUUUUAGCUGAUUUUACGAAUCCAUCAGUCACCAAACUCAUGAGAUUUGUAAAUAUACCAUCAAACAGUUUUCAUUCUCUUUAUUGAACUCGAGCCUAGGCCUGUCAUACUGGCUUCUUUUCUGCACUGGUUCUUUCAUUUCUAAAGUCGGCAUCCUGCAACUGGUUUUCUAACCGUGCCUCCUCAUUUUGUUAAUUGCUAA